AUAAGUAACUUUGCUUUCCCCCUUCCUAAUUCUUUGCAGGACACCUGAUAAAACAGCAUCUCUUGUAGGAUACCAACAGCUCCGGGAGCAUCCCUAUGCAGUUUUGCAGACCUCCAGAGGGAUGUCCCAGUCACACCUCCUUGGAAUCCUGCUUGCACUGGUGCUCUGCCUCCAGGGAGCUUCUGCCCAGGUUAUGGAAUAUGUAUAUGAAUAUGUGUAUGAAAGUUGGAAGGCCUACAGUGAAGAAUGUCACCGCAAUAUGAGCCUUUGGCCACCAUCUACUGAGUUGGUUUGUAACCGAACGUUCGAUAAGUAUUCAUGCUGGCCUGAUGCACAACUCAACAGCACUGUCAGCGUUUCCUGCCCCUGGUUCCUGCCCUGGUAUGAUCAAGUGAAGCAUGGCUAUGUAUUCAAGAAAUGUGGUCCAGAUGGACAGUGGGUGACCGGUCCUGGAGGGAAGUCACUGCGCAAUGCUGAUCAAUGUAUGAUAGACAACAAGAAAGACCAGGAGUGGUUUGAUAGAAUCUAUGGAAGCUUCAGAGUGAUGUACACGGUGGGCUACUCAGUGUCCCUCUGCGCUUUGCUCCUGGCCUUGGCAGUGUUGCUAGGCUUCAGCAAGCUGCACUGCAUGCGCAACUACAUCCACAUGAAUCUCUUCGCCUCCUUCAUCCUGAAGGGCAUCUCAGUGCUCACCAUCGACACGCUGCUCCAUACUCGCUACAGUGAGAAGGUUGAUGACUACAAUGUGAGCCUUUGGCAGAGUGACCAGGCAGCAGCAGGGUGCCAGGCAGCCACAGUAUUCAUGCAGUAUGGUAUUGUGGCCAACUACUGCUGGCUGCUUGUCGAGGGGAUUUAUCUGUACAACUUGCUGGUAUUGACUGUCUUCUCCGAACGCAGCUAUUUCACCCUCUACCUCUGCAUCGGCUGGGGAGCCCCAAUCCUCUUCAUUGUGCCGUGGGUGGUGGUGAAAUAUCUUUAUGAAAAUAUUCAUUGUUGGAGUACCAAUAAUAACAUGGGCUUCUGGUGGAUCCUGCGUUUCCCUGUAUUCUUAGCCAUUUUGAUUAAUUUCUUCAUUUUCAUCCGUAUAAUUCAGAUUUUGGUCUCUAAGCUCCGUGCCCACCAGAUGCGAUACACAGACUACAAGUUUCGGCUGGCAAAAUCAACCCUGACUCUGAUUCCCUUGCUGGGCAUCCAUGAGAUGGUUUUUGCCUUCGUCGUUGAUGAGCAUGCCCAGGGCACGCUGCGCUUCGUCAAGCUGUUCUUUGACCUCUUUCUUGGCUCUUUUCAGGGAAUGCUGGUGGCCAUUCUCUACUGCUUUGUGAACAAAGAGGUACAGUCAGAACUCACCAAAAAAUGGACACGCUGGAAAAUUGGUCGGGACAUAGAAGAAGAGUAUAAACACACAUACAGCAACACCCCCCAUGCACGUAAUGGGAGGAGCAGCAGCACCACCUGUGAGAAGCACAAACUUGUUGGCAACUACCUCAAUGGUCUGAGCUGCAGUCAAGCAACUGUACAUACCAGCACUCAAUAUCUGGAGAGGACCCACUGCAGCAUCAGUGAAAAUCUAGCUGUGAAUGAACUACCUCCUUGCUAUGAAUUUCCUGACAUGAGGGGAGAGAGCAACUUCUGAAGCAGUUCAGUCCAUUGCUUCCAGCAGACUGGGCCCAUUGAUUCAUAAGACAGCCAUAUUGCAGAGCAAGGAUGGCAGAGCUGAAAGCCCAGGAGACACUGAGUGGGGCGUGUGGUUGGAAGCUGACUAGCUGCCUGAACUGAUACCUCAGUGUCUGAUUGUGCUCUCUCUGAGAUAGGUUGGCAUAUCCUGAUGAGACUCAUGUCCUUCUCAUCUGCAUUCAUAGUAUUCCAUGGGUGGACUCCACUGUAGGUGAGCAAAAAAGAACAAGUCAGUGAUAGCCCAGUUAUGUGUCUGGGAGAGUUAUAGGCUAAAGGUUGGAGAUGACAUUAAGUAGAUUUUGGAUGGAAAGAGAAUCUGCUAGGAGGUCUGAAAGUCUACAGUUUAGGAAUGCACAUUGAUUAGUGCUGAUCAAACUGAGAAUCUCAGUUUCUGGCUCUUGGCUUUUAUAAAGAACAAGCUGAAAAUGCAUCAGCAGUAUUUGCUAAAAAGAUAAACAAAUGGAGCAGAAGGGGCUGUGCAAUUUUUUAAAAAAUUAGUCAUAAGGGAGUGUAUAUUCAGAGUUAUGGCCUAUUCCCUAACCUGCUAUAUCCCGAUGGAAAAUUCUGCCAAAAAGCUCUUGAAACCAAGUCAUCAG